AUGAGCGCUUCUCCCUCCGAAGCCGACGGGAGCUCACCCGGCAGCACAAGCUCAGUUUCAGCCGACGGUCUCCCCAUUAUUACCGAUGUACGGCCCCCCCUAGACGCCGCCGGAUUUGUCGGUACCACCGCGUCCGCAGCAGCGGCGACGGCGGCGCGCACGGGCGAGGGUCGGAGUGGACCACGUUCGAGAAAUGGGUGUUGGACUUGUCGCACAAAGAAGGUCAAAUGUGAUGAGCAGCGGCCAAAUUGUCAUCGUUGCACACGUCUGCGGCUUCUUUGCGACUAUGCACCUCGCGUCAAGCUUACGAAGAGGGGCAAGACACGCAAAGAUCGGCUCUUUUCGUCUCACCCCGACUCGUCAUCGUCUUCCUCGUCGGCUGGAGGAGUUGGCACGUCACUCAGCUUGCCGACAUGGGUGCAGACAAUGUCUCAGCUCGAUCAGUCCAAGGCUCUAUCUUUGUUUAAUCCGUCGGCUCCGGGGAUGGGGGCUUGCUCACUUGAUCUUUCGUCGGCUGAUCACGAGGCAAUCCGGUACUUUCGCACAUCAUUCGCCAAACAGAACCACACCAAGAAUCCGGAUUACUCGCUGUACUCCAUCAUGUUCGACAUUGCCCAGACCGAUGCUAUGGUAAUGCAUGUGGUACUUGCUCUUGGGGGGCGGGAGCUGGAAUUCCGGCGCAACAAAAAUGCAGAAGAGGCGCGUGGCCCAAAAACGCCCAUUCAGCAUUACUCUUCCGCCCUCCGAAUGAUGGCCGACACCAUCGGAGGUGAGGACAAUGGUCAGCUGGAUCUUGAUGCAGUCUGUACAGGAUUGUAUCUCAUGCUUCUCUAUGAACAAAAGUAUGGAGAUGGAAAGUGCCAGGGCUUGUCCAAUCAUCUCGUCGGUGCGAGUUUGAUAUUACAACAUCGCUUCAAGGAUUUACUGCUUCAAUUACCGGCGCCCUCACCGGAGGCGAAUCGGAAAAGUUUAGCUCUCACGAGGCGAGGACAAGACGCGAGUGGUUCCCGCCUAUCUCUGUACUCGGCAAGAAUGCUUGUUUGGAUCGCGCUACAUGAUGCCGCUGCCGCUUCAUACGGCCUUGGCGGACAACUCAACUGCGCCCUCCACAAAAUCAUGGGUGCCCUCGAUGGCCAAGUUAGCAGCGGAAGAUCCAGUCCGUUUCAACCGCUCGACGCCUUCGAGAGGUUACACCGUUUCUCCAAUCCACUUUACCGGAGUAUGUGGGCUGAUUCAUACCCCCAAGCGGAGCUUCUCGACGACGUGGAGAAUAGGAAUGUUUAUGCUCUUUUGGGAGCAUGCGGCCAAUUGCGCUUUAUGAUUGCCCAGCUCGCUAAUCUCAUACAUGAAGAUGAUGCCUCGCAGCAACACCGCGUCAUGGCUGUCGAUAUGACCAUUCAACAAGUGGGUUGGAAAUUCACCGAACUACUGGAGGUCGCAGCAGAGCUUUCCAUCAGCACGAAUAACUCACAUCGGCUAGUAGCCAACAUUCGCGGCAUUGUACCUCACUAUCAUGCCGUCGUUCUUGAAUUUCUUCGUUUGACGCGAUUUGAUGCCACGCCAAUGCUCUCAGCUCGUCAACGAAACGCUUUGCGAGAAAUCAUGAAUCUGGCUUUCCAGGCCUUCAAGCAUGAAGGCGAUGAGGCCAUGACACGCAUUGCGUGGCCACUCUUCAUGGUUGCUCUGGAGACAGACGACUUACUGCACCGCGAAUGGGUUAUCAGCCGCUUUCAGGCUAUGAGUCGGUUCAGUAAGAACCUCGACAGGGCCCAUGUCUUUCUCAAGGACAUCAUAGAGAUGCAGAACAAUCUUGCGAGACGGGUAGACGUUCGUGAGCGUUUCCAAUCCGGCGAAGUGGGCCUCUUUGUUAUCUGA